AUGUCUGCCCUUAGCACGGCGUCAUCAAGUCCUCCUGCGACUAGCCCCGAUGGCGAAUAUCCUACUACAAUAUGGAACGAAGACGAUGGCUUGAGUGCUGGGCACGACGCCAACCCAGUGCAUAUAUCGAGCAGCCCUGAGACUGACGUCCAAAUGAGAAGAGCAGAGACUGAGCGAAGGUCUUCAAGUGAUAUCACCGGUGACUCAAAAAUGAUGACAGGAAGCUAUGGCAUUCCCCUUGGAAAUGGCAGAGGGAGCGAGGAGAGUGAUCCUACACACCGAUAUAUCUCCACUGGAUCAGCAAAUCAGGAGGAAGCAAGCUCGGCACAACGUGAUUCUGCCUUGGGACAGCGAGCACUGCCAAGCCAUCCGGCCAGAGACCGUAAAAGGCGCCUGAUUAGCACUGGCAGCCAUGAUCGUUUGCAACGAGCCCGCUCCGGAGACUUUGCAAGAAUUAGCACUCAAUCGUUAUUACCACAUCGAUCCGUCUCCAUGAUUGUUCCAAAUAGGGGUAAACCUCAUUUGAACGGUCCGGGAUCGUCUUAUGCAACAGCGAUUGAUAUUACUUCUUCCCCUCCAGAUGCCGGCCCAUCUGUUAGCCGCAGAAGCGAGGAUUUCCGUCCAAGAGCCGGGUCGACGGCCUCCAGAGAAAGUGGGCAAGGUCCAUCUGAUACACGCAUGUUAUUGCAACCAGGUUCCGGGUAUGGAAUGCAUCCUCCUUCAUCCAGUCUUUCUGCGGCUCGUGCUCUGGAGAGACACCAUUCGUCUAGCUUGCGGGUUGGCGCAUUGGAUCAAUACCCCCAGUAUAUUCAAUCGGGCAGGCCACGAGGACAGUCAGAGGCGAUCAGAAAUCCUAGGCGCGAACGUCAGUCGGGAGUCGGUUGGCAGGUGUCAGGGACCGACGAGAGCACUUUGCGUGCGUUUUUGUCAGGGUCAACGGAAGCACAAAGCAUGUUAGAGGCGUUGGGAGCUUCUCAGGAUGAAGUGGAAAUGGAGAAUACCCUACCACGAUGGCAGCCCGAUGGGGAAGUGAGCACUUGUCCAAUUUGUGAGACGGCUUUUAAUUUUUGGUACCGAAAACACCAUUGUCGGAAAUGUGGUAGGGUGGUGUGUGCCUCCUGCUCCCCGCACCGCAUCACCAUUCCUAGGCAGUUUAUUGUCCGCCCACCAGAGUCCCUUCAUCUCCAUGAGCACUCCCCACCUCCACUGCGGCAAAUCGUUGAUUUAACCGAAGACAACCCCGUUGAACUACCAUCGAGCCUCAAUCCAGCUCUUGGCGGAGGAGAAGAAGUCCGUCUCUGCAAUCCCUGCGUUCCAGAUCCAAACCCCAACCCACUUGGUUUUGGUAGAACGCGAGGACAUCGCCCAAGUCAUUCUUUACCAUCCGGCAUGGGUCAAAACUUCUCCCGCGACAGGGCGGAGCGUCGAAGAAACCGCCAAGACUCCCAACCUUCCAGUCCCGAGUUCCCGAGGGCCGUGGGUGAUAACAGGCGACGGAGCCUACGCAACGAAAGCGCCAGUCGCCAAUCUCCCCUCGACUCCACUGACUCGCAUCAACGCCUGUCUACCUGUGAGCAAGAUCUCUGUCCCAUUUGCGGCCGAAGAUUCCCUGCCAUCAGUAACGACCGGCCGUUGGAGGAACGUGAGGCCCACACCCGGCAGUGCAUCGAAAAUUACGGAGCCCCAGCUGCAGCGCAACCUGCUUCCUCCGCGCGCCGAGGCCCGGAACCACGAUCACUCCCACCUCCACCAUCUGCGUCUCGAAUGAUCGAGUUCACCGCAACAGAGAAGGACUGCAUCGGAGAGGAUGGAGGUCCCGCGGAGUGCACCAUCUGUAUGGUGGAUUAUGAGGGUGGAGAUUUGUUGGUCCGACUGGAGUGCUUAUGCAAAUUCCAUAAGCACUGCAUUUUGGACUGGUUCGUGCACAAAAUGGAGUGCCCUGUGCACAAGGUGGCAUAG